UCCCAGGAAGAGAAGGAUAAAAACGUCUGGGCCAUUCAAGCUACAGUCACUGCUGAACCUUUUACAACAAAGUCAAGAUUAACAAAUGCAGUGGUAAGCUUACUUUGUCCAACUUAUUGAAUUAUAAAAUUCAAGGGAAAAGAAUGGUGUAGGGCCAAACUAUGUUACAGGCAUUCCAGUUUCAAUAGGUUGCUAAGAUUUUCCUUUACAUUUUAAACGCAGGUUGUUCCUGCUCCUAGUGCCGGAGCUUUCAAAUCAAGGCCAUCAGAAAGAACAAGUUUCAGAAGAUGCUAUCUUCGAGGCGAUUUUCCCAUCGCGUUGGAGCACGACACGAAGGGAAACAAGAUCGCAUGGAAGGUAGAAAUUGAGAGGCUCGAUUACCAUCAUUACCUUCCGCUUUUCUUUGAAGGAUUAUCCGAAACAGCGCACCCUUGCGAUUUCUUUGCUCGACAAGGAGUGCACGAUAUGUUGGAGCACGGAGGUGGAAACAAAGUUCUUCCUGUUAUUCCACAGCUCAUUAUUCCGGUCAAGAAAGCCCUCAAUACGCGAAACCGCGUUGUGAUUUGCACCACACUGAAAGCGUUGCAGCAUCUUGUAGUCUCGGGCGAUAUGGUCGGCGAAGCACUUGUUCCUUACUACAGGCAAAUCCUUCCGAUCUUAAACAUCUUCAAGAAUUUUAAUAUCAAUUCAGGAGACGGAAUCGAUUACAGCCAACAGAAAAGAGAAAAUGUCGGUGACUUGAUUCAAGAAACUCUCGAGGCGCUCGAACGACGUGGAGGUCCCGACGCAUUCAUCAACAUCAAGUAUAUGGUGCCAACUUACGAAUCCUGUAUGCUAAAUUAA